AAACUUCCUUCACUUCAAUACAGAGGUUGCCAGGUUGUAAAAAAGUUCUCCUUAAAAAAAUUAACAAAAUAGUAGAGUCUCGUAUGACGAUCGGACAUUCGGACAUCAUGGCAUAAAAAACUUGAUUGUAUGUCUAUUUACCCCACAGUAGUACCCACAUAUGACAGAAUUGAGAAUAGGUAUAAAUUACUUGUAUUGUAGGUACUUAGUAAAAUUUAUAAUCAUUAACUUGAAACUUCUAUUCGUACCAAAAUGUGUGGUCGCACUGGAUUGUCACUGGAUAGAGAACAAAUUCGCUGUGCCUGCAGCUUUUUGGAUAGACAUUCAAAAAGCUUUAUUAAGCCAGAAUAUCUUCAUGAACAUAACAAUGGAAAAGAAUACACACCAUCAAGUAACAUAGCUCCUACAGAUGUUACGCCUGUGUUAAUUUCUUCUAGUAAAUUUAAAAAUGCUGCUCAUACAAGUAGAGUGCUUAAACCAAUGAUGUGGGGAAUCAUUCCACCUUGGCACAAGGGUCACUAUAAACAUCACAAUCUAAGCACUAAUAACUGCCGUCUGGAAAAUAUACAGCAUUCAAAACUUUACAGUCCAAUUUUAAAUAAUGGAGGUAGAUGUAUCAUUGUAGCUGAAGGAUUUUAUGAAUGGCAAACCACAUUAAAGAACAAAGUUAAACAACCUUAUUACAUAUAUAUGAAACAAGAAUCUGAUAUCAGCAUCAGUGAUCCAAAAUCUUGGAAGAAUGAAUUUAAAGAAAAUGAAGGUUGGAAAGGAAUCAAACUUUUGUACAUGGCUGGAUUAUAUCAUGCCUGGCAAGAUAAUGAUGUUAUAAUUUACUCAUAUUCUGUAAUAACAAUGGAUUCUAAUGAAACAUUUAGUUGGCUACAUCAUAGAAUGCCUGCAAUUCUGGAUAACGAUGAACAAGUUGAAGCCUGGCUUGAUAUAGACAAUGUUAAUGUGAACUUGGCUUUAAAGUAUCUCACACAAACUAAGAUCCUAGAAUGGCAUCCUGUAUCAACACUGGUUAAUAAUUCAAAGAAUAAAUCUUUAGAAUGCAAUCGGAAAAUCUCUAUAGAAGACAAACCAAAAACUAUGCAAAAAUCUUUGACAGCUUGGUUUUCCAAGACAACUAAAAGAAAGUCAACAGAAGAAAUCUCACAAGACUGUAAAAAACCGAAGAUAUAAAUAAAAUAUAAAAUGUUGCCAG